AUGCCUGCCGUUCUUCAAUCCACCAUUGACCUGCUCGAGACCGAGCUCGUCAAGGCCCGAGCCGCUCUUCACGAAAUCCAACCCAAUGCCGCCCUGAUGCGCUUCAACGAUGAGAUUGCGGUGGGCGCCAUGUCCGCCUAUCGACAGAAUCUCAUCGGCCGCGCCCCUGGCUUUUAUGGCACCCGUCGCUUGACUCAUAAGGAACUGGGCCUGGAGCCUGUUGUGCGCGAGCUCCCUGCCGAGGUCGUCAAAAUCGUGCCAGACACGCAGCCCUUGCCCACGGCGCCUCAGCGAGCUUCCCUCGUCGAUGUGCUGACCAAUAGCUUGAUCCUCGACCACAUGGCGCCAUAUCUCUCGACCCCGUCAUUAUUGGCCCUGGCAUCGACCUCGCGGCUUCUGCAUACUAUGAUCACCCAAACUCCAUAUGUGUUCCGACACCUCGAUCUGACCCGCUGUCGAGGAGCACAGCUGUCGACUACACUGCAACCCGACGAUGAUCUCCAAACCGAGGACGAGGUGUAUUCGGCACCUAUGCGGCGCAUAUUUUCCAGCCUCGAGAAACGAUCCAUACUGCAAGAUGUGCGCACACUGGUGUUGGAUGGACUGCCAGUGCCGGCAGACCUUGUAGCCGAUAUCAUUUUGACCGAUCGGUUCAAUGUCAAUAUCCUGUCUAUUCGCGAAUGCCGUCAUCUCAAUGAACGAAAGCUCAUGCAGGUCAUCCAGCUAGCUGUUCGACCCACGCGUCCCGAAGGGACGCCUCGUGUGAAAGGCAUCUAUCAUUUCACCCCCAUGCACCCGCCUCCCCAAGCAGCUGCACGUCACAAGUAUCGAGAUUGGUGGGGCACUCGCGUGGGAAAGUCGCACAGCCCCAACCAGACGCCCUUGGCCAACUCGCCGGAGCCUGAGAAUGGGGUAUUGGAACCGAGAAGAUCGCAGCAGAACGAGUGGUACAGCCCCUCGGGGAAACUUUUCAAGCACAGCCUGGAGGACGGGUGGGCACAGACGCUCCAGAAAUGCGAAGGAAUUAUCACAUUUGAUGCGGUGCUUUGUCGCGGUCCACGACACGAUGUGAAUCUCUACUCGGAUGAGGAGAACGCACCACCGGAGCCCCCGUUGUUUGCACCUGCAGUAGCCACCGUCGCUCUAGGACCGCGCGGUUGCGAUGGGUGCCACAGCUCACCCGAGGGCCCGGCUAUCUGGGGACAGUCCUCAGACGUGCAAUUUCCACUGCUCAGUCCUCCACCAUUGCAUGUGUCCAGCGUUGCAGCUGCGAAACGCCCUCCCGUGAUUCCGGGCGAGCACCCCGUAUUGAUUUCUCGAUGUGCGGACUGCCUGACCGACCGCUGGUGUCACCGAUGCAACAAAUGGUUUUGUGCCAACUGUCUGCCACGGCCGCAGCGUGUCGGGGUCAACCUGUCACCGCACCAGACCGCGGUUCGUCCACCUCGCCAGGGCAACGUGGUCAACAGAGCGGAGCGCGAGACCCUCGGACAGGGUGUGAGCAGAGACUGUUGGGAAUGUGGACCGACCGUGAGUAGUUUCCGGCAAGCUCAUGAUGCUUACGCCGCUGCUAACUGCAAUCCAGUGCGCUGCCUGCAAGACGGACUGCCAACACACUUGCCAGAGCUGUCAGGGAGAUUAUUGUAUCGAGCAUAA